CACUUGCGUUCAGCCCUCACUUCUCUUUUCAUCUAGGGUUUGCAGAAGCAGCGAUGGUGUCCUUGAAGCUGCAGAAGCGGCUCGCCGCGAGUGUGCUCAAAUGCGGCAAGGGAAAGGUCUGGUUAGAUCCAAAUGAGACCAGCGAGAUAUCCAUGGCCAACUCUAGGCAAAAUAUUCGGAAGCUGGUUAAGGAUGGGUUUGUCAUCAAGAAGCCUCAGAAGAUUCACUCUCGAUCACGUGCUCGUCGAGCCCUCGAGGCAAAGAGGAAAGGAAGGCACUCUGGAUAUGGUAAGAGGAAAGGAACGAGGGAGGCAAGACUGCCUACCAAGAUUCUCUGGAUGAGGAGGAUGAGGGUCCUUCGACGCCUUCUUCGCAAAUACAGGGAGGCGAAGAAGAUUGACAAGCACAUGUACCAUGAUAUGUAUAUGAAGGUCAAAGGAAAUGUCUUCAAAAAUAAGCGUGUGCUCAUGGAGAGCAUUCAUAAGAGCAAGGCAGAGAAGGCCAGAGAGAAGACUCUCUCUGAUCAGUUUGAGGCCAAGAGGGCGAAGAAUAAGGCCAGCAGGGAGAGGAAGAUUGCAAGGAGGGAAGAGAGGUUUGCCAUGGGACCUGGGGAGCGACCACCUGCUACUGCUACCCCACAACCCACCGCCGAGCCUGCCAAGAAGGGGAAGAAGUAGAUGCUGAGUUUGAUUAUGACUGGUUUCUGUUAAGGUUCCUUAGUGUAAUUGGAAUGAAUUAAUACAUGGGUUUGUAGGAUUUUCUUUUUCUCUCGCGAGGCAGGAAUACGUACUCUCUUCUUAGCGAACUCUUUUCAUGAAGUUCAUUUAGAUAUGUUUUGAUUUGUCAAAUUUUGUGCUGCAGACCCCCGUUUCAUUGUUAAUUUGUUUGUUCUUUAUAUAUUUGGAUAUUGUGCUGGUUUAAGCAUGGGUUUCCUACCUUAUGCAAGUAAGCAGUGUCUUAAAAUUUU